GCCAAAACCAAGAUGCCACGUGUGCUGGUGGAGCACAUUGUGGUCUACCUUGCGUGCACUUGCUGAUGUUGCAAGGGCAGGUGGCCUUUGAGGCUUUUCAGGGUGUGCCCCGGCAACGGAACACCAGCCUCUCUGCGGACAUUUGCGACCCUCAGCGACGGGUCCUAAUCUUUCCGCAGCUCUUGCAGCAUCUUGCAGGUGGCGCCAUGUUCAGCUGCCGUGCUUGCGUGCCACGGGACAAGGACGCCGACACGGUGAAGGUCAGUGUGGCGGACAUCGAAGCCCGGGAGGUCAUUGAACGAUGGGAUGCUGGUGAGGGUCGGUUUGUCGAGCUCAGAGAAGGUGAUCGUUUGUUGGUGGGUGCCCCUACACGUGAAGUUGCGGACCAACUUGUGGAAGCGUGGCGUGAGCGCCGUGACCGCAAGCAAAAAUCUUCUUCUGCCCUGGAUGAGGAGGAGCGCGAGAGUGAGAAGGCCAAGGCUGAGGAAGAGCAGCGUUUACGAGAAGAGAAGGAAGCAGAAGAGGAACGCGAACGGCAAGCGGAGCUCGAGCGACAGAAAGAAGAAGAGGCACGCGUCCGAAGAGAUGCCAAAGUACAGGAGCGCAAGCAACGUGUUGAUGACUUCUUGAAGACCCAUCAAUUCACCGAUGUUGAGACACCCAAGCGGGUGCAGGAGAAGGUGCUGGGCGUACCAUUGAUGUCCAAGAGCGUUUAUGCCAUCCAUGUGGCCGCCGAACUGGGUGAUGCAGCCAUGGUUGAGAUGCUUAUCAAGGAAGGCGCAGAUCCCAAGCAGAAGACGUCCACGGGGAAGACGGCCGCGGAUCUUGCGAAGAAGAAGGGAAAGAGUGGUUCCCACGACGGAGUGCUGACCGCGCUGAAUCAACGCACCGCGACGAUCGGUGGGGCCUGAGCCAAGUGCCAUGCCGUCGGAAGUGCUGCUGGCGCUGCUGGACUCAGCCUGAUGUGAUUGCUGUUCAGUGGUAAGAUAUCCCC